GCAAUAGCACUUAUUCGACUUGCCAAAGAACAUCCUACGGCCACAUUGGUCUGCUUAGGGCCACUUACUAAUGUGGCCCUUGCACUGAAAUUAGAUCCAAAUUUCAACUUCAAACGAAUUGUCAUCAUGGGAGGAAACUACUACGGGAUCGGAAACGUAGCGUCAAAGUCGUCGGCCGAAUUCAAUUUCCACGGCGAUCCUGAAGCUGCCUCUAUUGUUCUUCAUAAGUUAGCUCCACGGUUGGUUAUAGUUCCAUGGGAAGCGUUCUUCCUCGAGGGAGCAAAGCACCAAAAAGAAGUGGACUUCAAUGCCCAUCUCCAUUAUGACACCAAGUUGGCCUCUUUUCUGAGAACGGUAACCAGCAGAGGCCGUGCGGCAAUGGAGAAGAAUGGCCGUCAGUUCUCGUACUGUGAUGAGAUCGCAGUCGCUGCAGCAAUUAAUCUGGAAAAGGUUGCCCGCAAAACUGUGCAUUUGAGGGUUAACGUUGAAUUAUCAGGAACACAUACCAGGGGACAGGUGGUUGUCGACUGGGUUGAUGUAUUGUGGAACAAUGAGGACGCUGAAUACGUGGCUAGUCAAGGGAAGAUGAUCGACAGGAAUUCAUCUCCGAUAACAUUCAUUGCUUCGUACAACGUUCUCGUAGUGGACGAUUGGCUUAAGAAGGCCGUUAGAGGAGAACCCGGACCAUGGUGA